UAUUGGUCUAUAGACUCACCACUGUUCAGUGUUGCUGAUGUAUUGAAACUGUGCUUCAGUAAAUGUUUUGGACUUGUAACACAGCUGCCUUCUCUUACAUCACAGAUCAGCCUUGCAUACUUACACAUUUCACACUCCGUCUACCCACACCCACAGAUGCACAGAAUCCCAAAGAUGGUGUGAAACUUCUAGAGAAGUAGAGCUCUCUGCAUCUAACCAGGAAAUGGACGUUGACACAGGAAACUGGUGGUCAUGUUUUCACAUGGUGCAUCUCUGAGGGAAGCCAGUAUCAGAUAUGAUUGGUUUCCAACCGUCUAAGAGGCAAGCUGCACAGACUAGUGGCUAAAGGAGAACAGAGCAGUGGAACGCAGGGAAACUAGUUCAGAUGAGUCCCUUUUCAUUUACUAGGAAAGGAAGGGACUGACAGCUAUUUGUCUGGUUUUAGAAUGGUGAAAGAGAUUCUGUUUCCAGGAAACCCAGAUCCUUGUGACAGUUAUGACACGCAGUGAGAUACUUCUGUGAAAGUCGCUGGGACAAGGAAGAAGGUUUGAAGCCAGGCUCAGAGACGUACGGCUACAAAGCUUUCUCUGGGGAGGGGUUUGUCAUGCAAUGUACCAAACCACAGUCUGCCGGUCUCUGUGAGCGCCUCUACAACAUCACAGCCAGCUCUGAGGAAGCUGAUUGGUCGAAGGCCGAGGGGGAAACCAACAGAGACAGAGUUGACGGGGCCGUGACAGGACGGGGGAACGCACUCUGGUUCUCUACCGUUACUGCAAAGGACUCUGGGAUGUACACAUGCCACACAGGUGGUAUGGUGAUCCACGUCUAUGUGGAGGUGCUGGAGAGGGCCAACCUGGGGUGCAGGGACACAGAGGAGAACAGAGUCACACUGGUUCUGGGCAAAGGUGGCAGGAUCCCAUGUCCUGGGAUCAAAUGUCGGACACAGAGGUCAGAGGUCACAUGGUACAAGGAUGCCAGGCCUGUGUGUGAGAUACAGGAUAAGAGGACUAUCUCUGUGGUAGACCGGUAUACUCUUCUGCUGGGUACUGUCUAUGUGAGUGAUGCUACAGUGUAUUUCUGUGACUACACCUACGAAGACAACGGGAUCCCCUGGACAGUCAGGAGAUCUGUUAACGUCUCGGUCAUACCCGCUGACACCAAAGACCCUCCACAGAUUACUUAUCCCCAUGGCAAUGAGGAGGGCGUGGAGCUGGGGGAGCCUCAUAAUCUGAGCUGUCAGGUGCAUUUUGGGUUCCAGAGGACCUUUGACCCAGUGGUCCAGUGGUGGAUCAGUUCCCAUAGCAACCAUGAAGGCGUGAUGAAACUGAUGGAGAUGGAAGCACAGCAGGUGAGGGAAAGGAGCAUUGAAGAGUUUGAGUUCAGGGUCACCAGGACAGCUCAAAUCCCAGAGGUGACCCAGCUACACCUGGACUCCACCUUCACCUGUCUGGCCCAGAACUCUGUAGGCAACAGCAGCGCCACCAUCAGGCUGACAAGGAAAGCUGCAGUUUCCCGUGUGCUGGUGAUAGUGUGUCCGGUGGUGUCUCUGCUGUUUGUAGCUGGGAUGGGCAUAACAGUGCACGUCUACUGGCUAGAGAUCUCUAUUCUCUACAGAAUCUACCUCCCAUACAAACAGACCACCACAGAUGACAAGGAAUAUGAUGCCUUUGUGUCCUACGUGCCCAGCUCUUCCUCUGAGGAGGCGGGGGGACGAGGAAUUGGAGGAAGAGAGGAGGCGCUGGAGGUCCUCCUGCCCAGGGUUCUGGAGGGGCAGUGGGGCUACCACCUCUUUCUGCUAGAGAGAGACCUGCUGCCGGGCGGAGCGUAUACAGAGGAUGUGGUGUGUGCGAUCCGCAGCAGCAGGCGACUGGUGUGUGUCCUGAGUCCUGACUACCUGGCCAGUACCUGUCUGUUUGAACUGGAGACAGGCAUCAGAGCCUUACAACAAGACCCACACUUCAGACUCAUCCUCAUCUGGACCAGCCCCAACCCCAGCACCACCAGCCCCAACCCCAGCACCACCAGCCCCAACCCUAGCACCACCAGCCCCAACCCCAGCCCUACCAGCCCCAGCACCACCAGCAGGCCUCUAUCUCUACCCCUGUCUCACACCCUGGGCAUGGUGACUCCAGCCUCACCGAUGCCCCCAUUAGUUCGGAGGGCCAUCAGAGUCCUGCCUGCUCUGCACUGGACCCCCCAGGACCAGGGAAGGAUGAUAACUAGCUCCAACUCUGGAUCACGGUUCUGGAGAUCCCUCCACAAGGCCAUGCCAGCCCAGAGUGGGACUGGGACAGACACACAGACACUGUUAGACAGACACCCAGGACAGAGGGACUGUUUUGUAGGCGUUAGGGCGGUUCUCCAGUAACUUGACACCUUGUAUAUAUAUUUUUUUGGGUUGAGGGACCUGUGGUUUCAUGGUUGUUGCUUCUAAGAAUGUGUUGUUACCUCCUGGAACCUGGUAACGUAGUGGUUACCAGGUUCCAGGAGGUAAAUAGCAGUCAAAGCAGUGGUUCCUGGUAAAUGGCAGUCAAUGCAGAUCCUGGGUGUAUUCUUUUUUCAGUAAUUGGCCUUUUAAACCAACCAGGUCAGGUUUUUUUCUCCAAUAACUGUGCUAAAGAUCAGAGUUUUUGGACCGUAGCAAAACCUUUGGCAAACGGAAAAUGUUUUGCAACGAAAACUACUUUCUAUUGGACAAAUCCCGGUUCCUGUUUCUCUUGCUUCUGUUGAGUUCUGUUUGUUUCCUAGUUAAUACACCCCAGAAGAGGUAGAGUAUUUAUUUAUAUUACAAACAAACUACAGUACAGAGAAGGAUGUAACAUACUUGCAUAAGCUACAGUUAAAGACAGCUGUUGACAGCGGAAUAAUUUGUUUCCUUAUGUGAAGGAAAAAAUGCUUACGUCACGUCUUUCCAUUUUUGAAAGAAUAUAAUAGCACAGAUAGAACAAUAAGACCGAUAUUUCACCGGGUGUAUCAAUGUGAAGCAUCCGCUUGUUCUGCCCACCACGGCUCAUUCAUUCCCCUUUUGAAACGACAGGGUGUGGUCUAUCUUGGUUUAGUUAUAACAAUCUUUGAUAAUACUGUCCUCCGCUCCUCUUCUUAUACCCAGUAACAUCAUCAAGAUGGUCAUUGAGGCUUUACAUUAUUUAUGCAUCUGAAGAAUGUAUAUGAUACACUGGUAUGUGCAUUGUGGUUCAAUAGCUUUUUGUUUUGCAAAAAAUAUCAUUAAAAAAUACAUUUCAUUUUGGAAUUGAAUGUAAGUUUAUUGUCCUAAUAUGAAUAUUUCUACACGUUAACCUCAGGCACGGGAGAAAUGGUUCCUGUCUAGGAUCACUCUGUAAAGGCAUGACAGACAGUAUAUAAAUGAGGGAAAGGCCAGGGUUGAAAACCCUGUUAGGACUGUUAUAAAGUAGUGAUAUAUCCUAGAUGAGUCAAACUAUUAUUAAGUUGUCUUGAAGCUCCCUUUCCCAAAACGUAUCCUCAUUGCUCUGAACUACACCCACUCCAGUCUGCUAUAUAACACACACACACACACACACACACACACACACACA